ACCCCUAUAAAUUCACCCCCUCUCCUUUCACUUCUCUUUCACGCUCUCUGCUUUCUUUACUAUCCCUUCUUCUUUUGUUCUUUUUUUUUUUUUUUCCUUCCAAGACUUCAACUAUGCACCUCCUUCUACCUUGAAAUCCGAAUUUCAUCUCAAAAUAUAGAGCGUGGGUUUGUUUUGAACCUUGUUUCCGAGAGGCACUACCAUAAUAAGCAUAUGAUCUACACAGCUUUAGGAAUAAUGCACUAUCACAUAGCUUAACACCACCCCUGUUCUUCCCCUGUUUUUUCUGCUGUUUUUCCCGUCACACCUUAUCCUCGGACAACAGCAACAGCAUGUCUUCAAGCGUGUGUCAAGGGUUGCAGUCAUGUAUUGAGCCUGGACUCGCGGAACCACGUGUCUUAAUUCAGAAUUUGGCUCCACCAAUACACAACUCUUCCCAGUCCAAUCCAUGGAGUCAAAAGCCAAAAAACGCGCCUCCGCAACCACAACAGGAACAAAAUGAGAUGAUUAUUCCCAAUGAGAAUGACAAGAGCACCCUCAUCCAACGCAAAUACUGCUACUGUGAUUCGGUUGAGAGCAAAAGGAACAGUGACUCGCUCUGGAGCUCCAUCCAGGCACUCACCAGAACCAGUCAGAAUCGCAUGCAAGUGAGCGAGGCAGAACAGCAAGUCUACGUCCACCCUCUCGUCAAGCGCUCCUCAUCCGGAUUAAGCACAAAAAGCUUGGAAAUGUGCACCGAAAAUUUAGGGAGCGAAACGGGAAGCAGCAUUGACCAAAGCAUAGAUGACUUCCCUUCCCCUUCACUGGAUUCCAGGCGGAGGAAUGUCCAAGGCAUGCACCGAUCAAGGUCACGAGAAUUCACCAAAAAAAGGUACCCCAGUGUUGGUUUUCCUCCUCCCCUGACUUCUAUUGGCGGCUCAGGCGGUGUCCAUAUGAGGACUCACCGCGAAGGUGGACGUCUGGUGUUGGAAGCUGUAAGUGUUUCUUCUUGCAGCUCUUACUUCAAAGCUGAACGUGCCAAUGGCAGGCUUAGGCUUUCCUUGAUGAGAGGUGGCUUCACGGGCUCUGACGACUUUCAUGACUUGGUGGAUGAGUACGGAGAAAAUGCGUACAACAUGCAACACAACGAAGAAGAUGAACCAGAAAAGGAAACUGAUAAUGACGAAGAAGAGGUUGAAAUUGAAGAUGCUGCAGAGGAUGAUGCUAACGAACGUGCUGGCCAGUGGGAAGAUGAAUCGGAUGUGAACGGUGAAAAUGUGGUAUAUGAGGGUGUGGGGGUUGGAGAGUUGGCAAGACUUAGCAGGUGCAAAGAAGGAGGAGCGAUGACUAGGAACGGCGAGAUGUCAACUUGGGAGCCGUAUUUGGUGACCACUUCCUGAAAGCUCGUAAAAGCCAUCUUUUGGACCUCAGGGCCAGGAUAAUGCUACAAACUUACUACUAUUGCAUAAUAUAUCACUCUUCUAUUAUUAUUGAAUAGGAUGUACAUAUUGCUCUCCUGUGUCUGUCUCUUGUAAGUUGUAAACCCCCCGGCAGUUGUUAUUGUUACUAUAGGACGUACGUCUCCAUCCUGCUAUCCACCAUUAUUCUGCACUGCAGGGGAAUCUGCUCUGUUCUUGCAAGGUGCUCUUUUUUUUUGGACUA